CGUCACUUCCUCCCGGAAGAUAGUCUUUCUUGGGGAACUAGUCAGAUUCCUGUCACUUCUCAGAGUCCCUCCGUCGUGGCCAUGGCUCUGCCGCCCUUCUUCGCCCCGGGUCGCCCGGGCCCGCCGCCCGCGCAGCCGCCGCCUCCCGCUCCUUUCAGCUGUCCGCCACCGCCGCUGCCCUCCCCGGCUUUCCCGCCGCCUCUUCCCCAGCGGCCUGGCCCCUUUCUGGGGGCCUCCGCCCCCUUCCUCCAGCCCCCGCUGGCUCUGCAGCCCCGGGCCCCCGGGGAAGCCUCCCGCGGCGGAGGGGGCGGCGGCGGCGCCUUCUACCCGGUGCCGCCACCGCCGCUGCCUCCGCCGCCACCCCAGUGCCGGCCCUUCCCGGGGACUGACGCCGGCGAGCGCCCGCGGCCGCCGCCUCCAGGCCCGGGGCCGCCCUGGAGCCCGCGCUGGCCGGAGGCGCCGCCGCCGUCCGACGUGCUCGGUGACGCGGCCCUGCAGCGCCUGCGCGACCGGCAGUGGCUAGAGGCGGUGUUCGGAGCCCCUCGCCGGUCGGGCUGUCCGGUGCCGUCGCGCGCACCCGCCGGGCCCAGCCUGGGCGAAGUGCGCGCAAAGUUGCGCGGGGCUCUGCGCCUGGUGCGGCGGCUGCGCGAGCUGGGCCAGGCCCUGCGCGAGGCCGAGGCCGACGGUGCGGCCUGGGCAGUGCUGCACGCUCAGGCUGCGCCGCUGCGCGCCGAGCUGGCCGAGCGACUGCAGCUGCUCACCCAGGCCGCCUAUGUGGGCGAGGCGCGCCGGAGGCUGGAGAGGGUCCGGCGCCGCCGGCAGCGGCUUCGCGAGCGGGCCCGGGAACGCGAGGCCGAGCGGGAGGCGGAGGCCGCGCGAGCAGCGGAGCGCGAGCAGGAGAUUGACCGCUGGAGGGUCAAGUGCGUGCAGGAGGUGGAGGAAAAGAAGCGGGAGCAGGAACUUAAAGCUGCUGCUGAUGGUGUCUUAUCUGAAGUGAGGAAAAAACAAGCAGACACCAAAAGAAUGGUGGACAUUCUUCGGGCUUUGGAGAAAUUGAGGAAACUCAGGAAAGAGGCUGCCGCAAGGAAAGGGGUCUGUCCUCCAGCUUCAGCAGAUGAGACUUUUGAGCAUCAUCUUCAGCGACUGAGAAAACUCAUUAAAAAACGCUCUGAACUAUAUGAAGCUGAAGAGAGAGCCCUCAGAGUUAUGUUGGAAGGAGAACAAGAGGAAGAGAGGAAAAGAGAAUUAGAAAAGAAACAGAGGAAAGAAAAAGAGAAAAUUUUACUUCAGAAGCGUGAAAUUGAGUCCAAGUUAUUUGGGGACCCAGACGAGUUCCCACUUGCACACCUCUUGCAGCCUUUCCGACAGUAUUACCUCCAAGCUGAGCAGUCCCUGCCGGCGCUCAUCCAGAUCAGGCAUGAUUGGGAUCAGUACCUGGUGCCAUCUGAUCAUCCCAAAGGCAACUCCGUUCCCCAAGGAUGGGUCCUUCCCCCGCUCCCCAGCAACGACAUCUGGGCAACCGCCAUUAAGCUGCAUUAGUAAAGAGGCUCCUGGAGUGCGGUCCAGCCAAGGCUCUUUCCAGCUGUAAAUGUUAGUGAUGCUGCCGUCUUCUUGUGCUAUAGACUAAUCCACAACCUCUAACUCCCUGUGGCAUUGCCCUAUCCAGAAGUUACGUUUUCCUUCCGUGCUCUGUCCUGGCCAGAGGUGCCUCUUGAAUCAGGAGAUUAAGACGGUUCUUCAGGAAGGACCUAGGUGAACUGGGGUUAUUACCACAGGCAGUGGCCUUGGCUCACUGAAUUUGCCUCUGUUUUGAGGGGCUUGGUCCAGAGUGACUUGUUCAUUUACUCUUACCUUCAUGUGUGGUGAUGGGUAAGUAUACUCCAUACACUCACACACUCAACACAAGUGUGCACUGGGUCAGUUUCACAGGCCGCACCCCAGUACUGAGUGUGAAGGCAAGCUGGAUGCAAAACCUCCUUACCCAUCCUACUCACAGAGCCCUCUGACUUCCAGGAAGAAAAGUCAAAAACGCUUCAUCGUCGGUUUUGUGAAUCCCACUUCUGGUGCAGCUUAAGAGGCUGCAGGCUGCAGGCCUGGCUGCUGGAAAAGGUAGUCGCCUAGCCUGGUAGUCGUGUGGAGAACUGAGAAGACCUAAAGAGUACGUGUCCUCAGAUUGGAUCGUGUGUAAAGGAUGAUGGCUGCAUUUUCCCCAUUUCAGAAGGAUCCUAAUGAAAGCACCUGAGAUUUAAGUUCCUAGAGGGCUGGUUGUUCAGAGUCCCCAAGGUUUUUUUGCUUCUCUAUGGGAGUGGGACCUUAACCUCACUCAGUCAUUGUAGGGGCCAGUAAAGCUGUGGAAUUGUCCUAGGAACUCAAGCUUCCGAAAACAUCCAUGUAGUUAAAGCUGGGGGAAAAGCAGAUAAAAAUAAUAAAAUUAAUUUUUUUAUAUUCAUUAAUAAAUGCUGUUGUGCCUGGAGAUGAUGAAUCAUAUAACACGUCAGUUUUGUUUUGCUUUGCUUUUUGUCAUUUAUUGUGUUAUUUAUAUUUCCAAAAAGAUAAAUAAAUAUCAUUUUUAUUUUUUAGUUUGA